AUGGCCAUGUCCUAUCCGUACACUGUCUAUCGCGGCACUUUCAUUCAUCUCCCUCGUCUCAAUUCUAGCUCGGCAACACCAGAACUUGCCAGAAAUCAAGGUGCUCUGUGGGUUUCUUCCGCCGAUGGCCGCAUUAAAGGCUAUGACUGGCAAGUGCACGACGAUGCCAGUUUUCAAUCGUUCCUGUCAAGCCACGGCUGGACUGAUGCCACUUCCAAUGACGACAAUUCAUCCACACAAGUUCAGGUCGUGGAAUCCAACGACGAGGCGAAUGAAUUCUUUUUUCCCGGAUUUAUUGAUUGGCUGAAUCAAUACACAUAUCCAAUUGAAAGUAGCUUUGGCUCCAAGUCAGACCCAAAAAACCAAGAAAUAGACCCCAAAGACACACCACCCGAGGGUCUGCGCGUGUAUGACGAGGUCGUCGCUCGGACUCUUGCCCACGGAACAACAUGUGCUUCGUACUUUGCUACCAUUCACGUCCCGGCUACCAACGCCCUCGCAGCACUAUGCCACUCCCACGGCCAACGCGCCUUCAUCGGCCGUGUCUGCAUGGACAACAAAGAUGAAUGCCCGUCUUAUUACGUUGACCAAUCCGCGGAAGAGGGAUUCAACGCAACUAUAUCAACAAUAGACUUUAUCCAGACUCUAGACCCUAAAGGGACCUUGAUUAAUCCAAUCAUCACCCCCAGAUUCGCCCCCAGUUGUUCAAAUCAGUCCCUCGCUGGCCUUGGUAAACUAGCGGCAUCUUACAGCCCGCCUCUGCACAUCCAAACACACAUCGCUGAGACACUUGACGAGAUUUCCCUUGUUCAUCAACUAUUCCCAGAAGCAGCUAGCUACGCCGAUGUCUACGACAAGGCCCACCUGCUUACCAACCGCACUAUCCUCGCACACGGGGUGCAUCUCACCAAAGACGAGCGCACUCUCAUCCGCGAGCGCGGCUCCAAAGUCGCGCAUUGCCCAUCAUCAAAUUCUGCUCUUGGAUCAGGGCUCGCCCCUGUACGCAUCUUGCUUGACGAAGGCCUCACAGUCGGCCUAGGCACAGAUGUGAGCGGCGGUUACAGCCCCAGCAUCCUUGAAGUCGCCCGGCAAGCAUGUCUGGUAUCAAGACUUCUUCAAUAUAGUGCUGAGUACCAGGAGAUGACAGGGAAUACGACAUCGAAUGGAAGUGAGAAACUCUCCGUUGAAGAUAGUCUUUAUCUAGCUACUCGUGGCGGUGCGGCUGUCGUCGACAUGGCGGAUGAUAUUGGUGGCUUCGAUAUGGGGAUGAUUUGGGACGCUCAGCUGGUUGAGCUGGGUGCUGUCAAAAAUAGCACUGUGAGCCCGCUUGAUGCGGUGGGUGCAAAUGCCCUUGCCUAUCGGAGUGUUAUUGAGUCUGGUCCCGUGGGAAAUGUUGAUCUGUUUGGAAAUGAGACUUGGCAGGAGCAAAUCCAGAAGUGGAUGUGGAGUGGAGACGAUCGAAAUGUCAAGAAUGUGUGGGUUCAGGGGAAGCUGGUGCAUACCAGAGACUAG